AGAAUCUCCCUCCAUCCUUCACUUUUUUGAAGAAUCUUGCCGAAAUUACCUCUCCUUGUUUGCAUUCUGUAUAUCAGAAGGUACACCGGGGAAUACUUCUCUUGUCCUAUUGCAUUGCUACUGAGCUAUGAAGCAUAUCUUGCGCUCACGGUAACUUCACACAAUGCAUCUCCGAGUCGGUACAAAAGUGGCAUCAAGAUCUCAAUUGUUGUCACGGGUCUACACCCCAAGCGCUCUAUUGACUUCUUCGAUUGCAAUCGUCCGAACACAACACAACUUGAUAUAUCCUCAAUUGUCUUCAACGCGUGCCUACGCAACAGACCCUCCACCUUUUGAUAGUGGAGACAGAGCGGCAAAUAAUCCCAAGCAAUUGCGCAAAUCCUGGUUCUCGAAACUGUUCCAGGACAAAAAACCGGCUACCGACUCUUCUUGGGAGACUCGACGUUCGGCAGCAGACGGCUCCAAGGAAGGUUACGAGCCUGAUGCUGAAUGGGAGGCACUACAGCGGUUGAGCAGUCUCAUUCGGAAAGUCAAAAGUGAAUUAGCAAGUACGGAUGAUAUUGAGGCUCUUACUGAGGUUGAGUUUGAUAUCAAAGAUGCAGUGAGCGACCUGAUCUCCAAGCUGGCGAUGCACGAACUACCAGUUGUUCACACCCGAUUGAUUGAAGAGGCUUGGAAAAUUCUGUACACCCCGCAGAUUGGGCGGGUUCAAGAGACGGACCUGAAAGAUCUUGUGGACGCGAAAGAUGUAAAAAGAUUACAUUUUGAUACAGAGGAGCUCAAGCGGCUACUACGCCUUAUCGUUCGCUUCGACCAGCGUUCAGAUUAUCAUGUCGUCCUCGGUCGCAAGGUUUAUGAAGCUCUGAUGCGCGAAAUUCCUAUCAACAAUCAAGCUGAAGCUCAGGAGCAGUUUAUGUUAUUUGUCCUGCUUCUAUCUCGAAACAAGGCUGACAAUGAAAUGCUUCUCGCUUUUGAUCAAUUGCUUCAAAAACUUGACUCAAUAGACGAGGGUAUCGCGGUCGCACUCGUGUCCAUUAUCAAUAACAUCACCGAUCCCAAAAUCCAGGAAAUUUUGGUCUCUCGGUUGUGUGAUAUCGAGGCUUUGGAUAUAGGCGCUUUCAAUAUAGUAUUGCAGGCCGCCGUCGAAGGUGGCCAGCGCAAUGUAUGGUCAAUUUACGACAAGACUUUGGGAAACGAAUCCUAUCUUUUACUUCCAAGCCUGGACACUUACGAAUUACUGUUUCGUUACAUUGUGAAAGGUUUUGAGCCUGAACGUUCUGAGGCAUUCAUGAAGGAUGUCAAGGAUGUCAUGUUCUCUACGCGAAAUGACGGUGUGCUGAUUGCGACGUAUGACGUGCUCCAAAAUCAAGAGCUUUAUCGUUCCUAUUUGACGGCUUGCAUUGUUGUGGACGACAAAAAAGCGGCAGAAGUGAUAGCGGCAUUGUUUGAAUCUGACGGUAUCCGAGAAAAUUUGGAUCCGGAGACGUGGGACGUUUGGGCGCAGUGGAUUGCUUACUCAAAGUUCAGUGUCGAUGAGGUUGUCAAAGUAUUUGACGCCAUGGCCGAAUACGGAUACAGGGUCACUACUGCUACUUUAAAUGGCGUGCUACGGGCUUCUCAGGUCUCAGUACAGAAUGGCAUGGCGACCUCACAAUUCUGUGACGAUGUUUUUUCACUGUUCAAAUCUUACGAAGCGCCGAUCGACAAUACCUCCGUCAGUCUCAGAAUUCGAGAUCGAUUAUACGCAGGGGAUGUAAAAGCGGCUAUCGCUGCUUUUAAACUGGGAACAAAGGAAGGCUUGACAUGGAAUGUGAAGACGGACGAUAUGAAAGCUUUAUUCAUGAUUCUCGAGUCGCUUGCCUCACACACUUCGGCUGAAUUUGACGCCUCGAUUCUCGUCGAACUAUAUAUGGCUAUACGCGUCUAUGUCAACAGUGUCGACUAUACUACGCGGCUUGCCGUUGUGAAGGCUUUCAUUUAUCAUGGCGAGAUAGGAACACUUCAGGAUUUUCUAAACGAAGAGAUGGGAGAGUCGUAUAGAUUUCCACCCUCAUCUUUUCCAGAACUAUAUAGCGCCCUGCGCGAGGCUGUGCUGGAAAGCAAUUCAUCUGAUGCAGCAUGGAUGCUCUAUGAGUGUCUGCACAUGCAUUUCAUUCCAGAUUACAAUACUUAUUUGGCUUCGAUCAAAAAAUUCUGCGAUCUCGAUUAUCCCGAAGCGGCAUUGGAGCUUUUCAGGCACGUUCGACUACAUACAGAUACACCACCUCAACGCGACAUGUACUCUGUUAUUCUUCGUGGGUUCUCAAGACGAUUCUACAGAUCUGGAAUCAAAGAAGUUCUUAUGUGCUACAAGAUCGAUCUGAAUAUUGAGCCUGACACUGAGCUAUUCAAUGCGAUUCUUGAGGCCAGUAAUACAGACCUGGACGCGUACUAUACCUACCAUAUAUGGCAACAGAUGAGCUUCGCUGCCACCUCCAGAGAUAGCUCUUCAGGACUUGACCGACAGCCGAAUACUGAGACGUUCCGUUUGUUGAUGAGAAUGGCGUCUCUGGCGGGUGCGGGAUAUGCUGAUCACCUUUGGGAUGAUUUCCAGUACUUUGCGAAUGUUCCGAUCACAUUGGAGGUUGUCAAGUUUUAUGUUGUUGCACAUUUGCAGUCCGGUACUCGAGGAAAAGCACUCAAUAUCGCUGCAGUCUUCAUGCCGAGAAUCUUAGAGAGACUCGAGGCCUUGAAGAAUCAGGAAGAAAACUCUUGGCAGAGUUCAGAGUCCGAUAGUGUAUCGCCAUUCUAUUCUUCUAGCGAGAAGGAGACUACGGUAACUGAGAUUAUCGAACUUCUCUACAACUAUGUUACACCAAAGGAGAAGGAGAUUAUCCAAGCCUGGGCAUUGAAAGCGUAUCCUGAAGAAUUCAAGAAAAUCCGCUUGUGGGACUUUGAGGCGCAGAAACUGGAGCUCUACGAUAUUCUUCCAUACGCAGUACCGAAGGUCGAUGCAAAGACCGGGGCCCUAAUCGAUCCAUCAGAAGCUGAGAAACAAGCACCGUUUAUCUUACAGGUUGAGACAGGUCAAGACUUGUUGACUGCACAGGAGCAGGAAAGACAUUCGAAUAUGGAGAUGGAAGAGGUGCGACGACGAGAAAAAUUUGCAAAUAUGAACCAGAAGACAGAGGAAACAGAAGUGCGCGAGGAAGAUCUUAUCGAAGUCCGCAGGAAUGGACGCACUUAAAAGUUUUCAUUUUAGCCGGUUGUAUAUAGCGAGAAGUUAUAUUAAUAGAAGAUU